AUGGCCUCCCUCCGGUCCCGUGCCCUCCCUCUCUCAGUCCGAACCCUCCGCUCAGCCCUCAGCUCAACAAGACCCUCACCAAACCACUUCCUCUCCGCACCCGCAUCACCCCAAACCCGCGCACACUCAACAUCCUCCGUCUCCGCCGAUGAACUCUCCCACUUCUCCGCUCUCGCCAGCUCCUGGUGGGACCCAAUGGGCCAUUCCCGAAUCCUGCACCUAAUGAACCCCCCUCCCCAAAACCCAACCUCAACCUCAACCUCAACCUCAACCCCCUCCUCCGCAACCCUCAACUACCUCGACGUAGGCUGCGGGGGCGGCAUCUUCGCCGAGUCCCUCGCACGCACAAUCCCCCUCGACCCAACCGCCCCAGCCCCAACCCCAACCCUCGCCGCCUCAAUGACCGCAAUCGACCCCUCAACGGACCUAAUCCAAAUGGCGCGCGAGCACGCGCGCAUGGAUCCAACCGUCCACGAACACUUGCGCACCGGCCGCUUCAAGUACCUUAACACGACGCUGGAGGAUGUACUUGCCGGCAACGCUGGCACUCCAACGCCCGCUUCAACUUCGACUGCGGCUUCGACCCAAAACCCCAGCUCUCCCUCGACCCAACCCGCUCCACAAUACGACGUCGUAACCCUUUUCGAAGUACUCGAGCACAUCGACCCGAAAACCUCAACACCGCUAAGCUUCCUGACAAACUGUCUGCGCGCGCUCAAGCCCGGCGGGUGGCUAAUUGGAUCUACUAUUUCGCGGACGCUGCCGUCGUUCAUCCUGAACCAGGUUAUUGCCGAAGCGCCGUGGCCGAUUGGUGUUGUGCCGCGUGGGACGCAUGAGUGGAGUAAGUUUGUCAACCCUGGUGAGGUUAAGGGGUGGUUGCAGGAGGGGUUGAUGAGGGCUGCUGAUACGGGUGUUUCGAGGGGUGGGAGUGCGAUUGCGGAGGGGAUGAGGUGGAAGUGUGUGGGUGCUAUUUAUAUUCCUGGGAUUGGGUGGAAGAUGGUGCCUGGGAGUGAGGAUUGGGGGAAUUAUUUCUGGGCUGUUAGGAAGGAGAUUUAG